GUUUGCAUUUUGGUUUUCAUUUUACACGCAAUCUGUGAAGAAGUUUUUUUGUUGGGUAAUGUUAGGUUUACCUAACUUAUCCACACAUUCUGUUACACCUUUUAAUUUUCAUUAUUUUUUGUUAAUUACACUUAACUCUGUUAUCAUCCUCUUCAUCCAUUAUCUUCUUCCUCUUUCUUUCUUCUUCUUCUUUUUUUUUUUCUCUCUCUCUCUCCCCUCCAUCAUCCUCCUCCAAGAGAACCCAUGUCUAGGUUCUUCAAGAGAACUCAGAUCAGGAUCUCGGAGAACCUAGGUGAGGAGGAAGAUGAAUCUAGUGAGGACAGAAAGGAUUGGGUGAGUUGGGAGACCGUCAAUGUAUAUAAGGGAAACUGGUAAAGUAUGUAACGGGGGUGUGUAAGGAGUGGUGUGCAUGAAUUAGUGUCCUUUUUUUGUUAGCACAUUCUUUCUCUCAUGAUUCGGGGUCAUUUGGAGAAAGCACCAGCUAUUUAAUUGAGAUUGCAUCAUUAUUAUGGCAAAUUCCACUGUCUAUUCAACCAUCUGCAUUUUUUAU